GGGGUGAACAGUCUGGGUACCCCCGCGCUCCGGCUCCUUCUGAACCAGGACAUCAUGGCUACUGCAGCAAGCCGUUACUACAGCGAAGAAGGCAGGGCAACCAAGAGGCAGAAAACCGACGGAAUGGCCACUGGGUUCGAGGAUCCACACAAGCCUCUCCCUUCUCUGGUGGUGCACGUACGUGGGCUGGUGGAUGGUGUUACUGAAGCAGAUUUGGUGGAAGCGCUGCAAGAAUUUGGCACCAUAAGUUAUGUUGUUGUCAUGCCUAAAAAGCGCCAAGCUCUGGUGGAAUAUGAGGACAUGAAUGGAUCAUCCACAGCUGUAACAUACGCUGCUGACAACCAAGUUUACAUUGCGGGCCAUCCAGCUUUCAUUAACUAUUCUACCAGUCAGAAGAUCUCCAGGCCUGGGGACUCGGAUGACUCUCGCAGUGUCAACAAUGUGCUCCUUUUUACCAUCAUGAACCCCAUUUACCCAAUCACUACAGAUGUGCUGUACACUAUCUGCAACAACUGUGGCCCAGUUCAAAGAAUUGUUAUAUUUCGGAAGAAUGGAGUCCAGGCCAUGGUUGAAUUUGACUCUGUGCAAAAUGCCCAACGCGCCAAAGCAUCCCUCAAUGGAGCAGAUAUCUACUCAGGCUGUUGCACUCUUAAGAUUGAGUAUGCUAAGCCCACUCGUCUGAAUGUGUUUAAGAAUGAUCAAGACACUUGGGACUACACAAACCCUAAUUUGGGUGGACCAGAUGAUACAAACGGCAACCCAAACAAGCGUCAGAGGCAGCCUGCACUUCUGGGAGACCACCCCCCAGAAUACGGAGGAGGAUAUCAUGGUUAUGAUGAAGGCUAUGGAUCACAACCUUAUGAGGGACGGCGCAUGGGCCCACCAAUGAGAGGCCGAGGAGGAAGGGGAUAUGGACCCAACUACGGGCCCCCACCCCCUCCCCCAGGAGAGUAUGGUGCCCACGCUGAUUCUCCUGUGGUCAUAGUCUAUGGGCUGGAGCCAACAAAAAUAAAUGCAGACAGGGUCUUCAACAUUUUUUGCCUUUAUGGCAAUGUGGAACGGGUGAAGUUCAUGAAAAGUAAGCCUGGUGCAGCUAUGGUAGAGAUGGGGGACUGCUUUGCUGUGGACCGUGCCUUAAGUCAUCUCAACAACACUUUCCUUUUUGGACAAAAGUUAAAUGUGUGUGUGUCUAAGCAGCAGGCCAUUGUGCCUGGACAGUGCUAUGAAUUGGAAGAUGGAACAAGCAGUUACAAGGAUUUCCAUGGCACCAGGAAUAACCGCUUCACCUCUCCGGAACAAGCAGCUAAAAACCGCAUUCAACAUCCCACCAAUGUUUUACACUUUUUCAAUGCUCCACCAGAUGUCACUGUAGAGGUUUUCACACAGAUGUGUGAGGAGGUUGGUGUGAAGAAUCCAGCGGAUGUUAAAAUGUUCACUGGAAAAAGUGGUGCCGCUCCAAGUGACCGCAGUGCAUCAGGCUUGCUUGAGUGGGAGUCCAUCAACGAUGCGAUGGAAGCAUUAGCUAUGCUGAACCACUAUCAGAUGAAGAAUUCAGCUGGGCCUUACCCAUACACCCUGAAGUUGUGCUUCUCAACUGUACAACAUGCAAACUGAAGCAUAAUGAAGCCCUGUUUGGAAGAGAGAUCUUAACAUAUUUGGUGGAUGUACAUCACAUUGUUUUGUCUUUUUUUUAUGAGAUUUUUCUGCUUAUUAUGCCUCCUCCAUGUGUCCUGAAUGGAGUGUUUUGUCUGUUUUUCAGUUUAGUAGCAUUAAACGAGGUGGAUUCAUAUUCACCAUUCCUACAGGCCAUAAUGAGUUGAUUUACAUGGGUUGGUUUUAGUGUUUUAGUAAUUAGAUCCUUGGCAGUGCAAAUUCUUAGUCCAUUAUUUAUCAUGGUGUGAGAUUGAAGCUUAGAAAAAGGUUAACCUGGAGAUUGACUGAACUUAAGCCUUUAUUUACUCUCAAUUCUACUACCUGCUUUGGUAGAUUUCAAUCAUUUUUGUGGUUGAAAUUAACAAACUUGUGGAUUGUUUUGAGAUGGAGCUGAGCGGUAGUACUACAUGUUCAACAGAUAGUUCGUAUUUGUUUCACAAUUCUCCAAGCUUGUUCCACUCUUAAUUUAUAUUCUCAAACAAACAUGUUUUCAGUGUAUGUUAAUGAGUUAAAUAAAGAACCCAUGCAGACUCACUG